AUGGAAGGGAAAUAUCGUAUAGAAACCGACCUUCUUCUUCCUUCUUCCUAAAGACGCCGCCGGCAUUAGGGUUUUUCACAGAAAUCUUCUUCCUUGCAGCAAUUCACCUUACACAAUCAAUAAUAACUAAUGGAAGAAGGAACUUCCGAUAACGAUAGACACAAAAUCCGCAACAUAUGCAUCCUAGCACACGUAGACCACGGCAAAACAACGCUGGCGGACCAACUCAUCGCAACCGCCGGCGGCGGCAUGGUUCAUCCAAAAGUAGCCGGACGAGUCCGCUUCAUGGAUUACCUCGACGAAGAACAGCGUCGAGCCAUAACAAUGAAGAGUUCUUCAAUUUCCCUUCACUAUAAUCACUACACCGUUAACCUAAUUGAUUCCCCUGGACACAUCGAUUUCUGCGGCGAGGUUUCCACGGCGGCGCGUCUCUCCGACGGUGCACUUCUAUUAGUUGACGCUGUUGAAGGUGUUCAUAUUCAAACUCACGCUGUUCUUCGUCAAUGCUGGAUCGAACGUCUUUCCCCUUGUCUUGUUCUUAAUAAGAUUGAUAGGUUAAUCACUGAAUUGAAACUUACACCUUUUGAAGCUUAUACACGUUUGUUGAGGAUUGUUCAUGAGGUUAAUGGUAUUGUUAGUGCUUAUAACUCGCAGAAAUAUCUUUCAGAUGUUGAUUCUCUUCUCGCUGGCGGGACUGCCGCUGGUGGUGAGGUUAUGGAGGAUUAUGAUGAUGUUGAAGAUGUUUUUCAGCCUCAGAAAGGGAAUGUAGUUUUUGCUUGUGCUUUAGAUGGUUGGGGUUUUGGAAUUCAUGAAUUUGCUGAAAUUUAUGCUUCAAAGCUUGGGGCUAGUGUUAGUGCAUUACAGAAGGCUUUGUGGGGUCCACGGUAUUUUAAUCCGAAGACGAAGAUGAUUGUUGGGAAAAAAGGGAUUGGUGGUGGUGGGAAGGCUAAACCUAUGUUUGUUCAGUUUGUGUUGGAGCCUUUGUGGCAGGUUUAUCAGGGUGCACUUGAAGGUGAUAAAGGGUUAAUUGAGAAGGUUAUUAGGUCUUUUAAUUUGCAGGUUCCGGCGCGAGAGUUGAUGAAUAAGGAUGCUAAGGUUGUGCUUCAAUCUGUUAUGAGCCGUUGGCUUCCACUUUCGGAUGCUAUUUUGUCGAUGGUGGUUAAGUGUUUGCCUGAUCCUGUGGCUGCACAGGGUUCUCGGAUAUCACGGUUGAUUCCGCAGUGUGAGGUUACUGCUGAGAAUGAGAUUGAUAAGAGGGUGGUGGAAGAGGCUGAGGUUGUGAGGAGGUCGGUGGAAAGGUGUGAUUGGAGGGAUGAGGCUCCUUGUGUUGCGUUUGUGGCGAAGAUGUUUGCACUUCCUGUUAGAAUGCUUCCUCCUCCUCAAGUGGGGGAGGUUGUAGGGAGUUUUGGUGAGGAAGGAGAUGGUGAAUCUGAUGAGUGUUUUUUGGCAUUUGCUAGGAUAUUUAGUGGUGUUUUGUCGGUUGGACAGAGAGUUUUUGUGCUUUCUGCUUUGUAUGAUCCAUUGAAGGGGGAAUCGAUGCAAAAACAUAUUCAGGAAGCUGAAUUGAAAUCCAUGUAUUUGAUGAUGGGACAAGGGUUGAAAGUAGUGAAAUCUGCGAAAGCAGGAGAUGUUGUCGCUAUCCGAGGCCUUGGUCAGCAUAUAUUAAAAAGUGCAACCCUUUCUUCAACCAGGAACUGUUGGCCUUUUUCGAGUAUGGCAUUUCAAGUUGCACCGAUUUUGAGGGUUGCAAUUGAGCCAUCUGACCCUGCAGAUAUGGGUUCACUGCUCAAAGGCUUGAGGCUUUUGAAUCGAGCAGAUCCGUUUGUUGAGGUCACGGUUUCUGCUAGAGGAGAGCACGUUCUUGCUGCGGCUGGUGAAGUUCAUCUUGAGAGAUGCAUAAAGGAUUUGAAGGACAGGUUUGCUAAAGUAAGCUUGGAGGUUUCUCCACCCCUUGUGUCCUACAAAGAGACCAUUGAAGGAGAGGUAUCCAACAUGUUGGAAAAAUUGAAAAUUCUUAGCAGGAACUUAGAUUAUGUCGAGAAAACGACACCCAAUGGAAGAUGUGUUGUACGAGUGCAGGUAAUGAAACUUCUACCUUCUUUGACAAAGGUGCUCGACGAAAGCGCUGAUUUACUUGGAGAUAUCGUUGGAGUAAAUUCAGCGCAGACAGUUAAAAGUUUAGAAACUCAGAGAACAAAUAUUCUUGAAGAAAAUGAGAAUCCGGCUGAAGUGCUUAAAAAACGUAUAAUGGAUGCCAUCGAGAGCGAUGUCUUGGAUAGGAAUGAGAAUGAUGAAGACCAUGCUGAGAAAUGUAGAUUGAAGUGGUUAAAGCUUUUGAGGAGGAUAUGGGCACUUGGACCAAGCUACAUCGGUGCUAACGUUCUCUUCACUCCUGAUAUUAAAGCCGAAAGUACCGAUGGCUCUGUUCUAAUACGUGGUUCUUCUCAACUAUCUGAAAAAUUGGGUUUCAUGGCUGAUUCCAGUGGCAGUAACUUGGUUGCAGAUACAUCUUCAAAUGAGAGCCAAGUGUUGUACAUGGAUGCUGCACGUCUCGAAAGUAAUGUUAUAACUGGGUUUCAACUAGCCACUUCAGCUGGACCUUUAUGUGAUGAACCUAUGUGGGGUUUAGCAUUUGUGAUCGAGGCACGCAUAACUCCAUCUUCAGGGCAAUAUGAUGAAUUUGAAACGCACCAACAAUCUGACCAGUAUGGCAUCUUUGCAGGGCAGGUUAUUGCAACUGUCAAAGAUGCUUGUAGGGCAGCUGUGCUAAAGAAUAAACCAAGGCUUGUGGAAGCAAUGUACUUUUGUGAAUUGAAUACUCCUACUGAGUAUUUAGGUCCCAUGUAUGGUGUACUUUCUCGAAGACGAGCUCGGAUUUUGAAGGAAGAGAUGCAGGAAGGUUCGCCUUUCUUCACUGUGCAUGCAUAUGUUCCUGUUUCUGAGAGCUUUGGUUUUACUGAUGAGCUUAGAAGUCGGACUUCUGGUGCUGCAAGUGCACUACUUGUGCUAAGCCAUUGGGAAGCACUACUUGAGGAUCCUUUUUUUGUACCUAAAACAGAAGAAGAAAUUGAAGAGUUUGGAGAUGGUUCCAGUGUUCUUCCAAAUACAGCAAGAAAGUUGAUUGACACAGUCAGACGGCGCAAGGGUCUUCCUGUGGAGGAAAAGGUAGUACAACAUGGAACAAAGCAAAGGACACUCGCUCGCAAAGUUUGAUCUUUCUUGUUACUGUUGUUGUGUCCCUUGCUGUGAAGCCGAACAUGUAAUUUUUGAAUGUAACUUAUAUAGUACACUUCAUAAGCAUACACAGUAUCGUUAAGUUAGGAACAAUUUUUUCAGCCUGAGUUUAUUUUACAUAUCAAUAUCAUCAAUGAAGUUUUGACACAUACAAUCAAGUUUGUUAAGAUAUUUUGCAAAUGUACUUCCGAUAAUAAUUCAGUUUUUGCCGGACCAUCCACUCUUAGUGUCAAAUUUUUUGUUUUUAGUGUUGAUAUUGGGGAAGAAGAUAAUUGCUGUUGUAAGUUUUUUAAGAUGCCCUCAAGUAGCUUGUGCAUGGGAAAACAUUGUAUUGUUCUGUAUCAAAAUGGACAUUAGAAGAAUUACUUCUUUUGCAAGGUUUAGUUUGGAGUGUUCUUUAAA